AUGAGGAAUAUCAUGGAACAACGCAUGAUGAGCGCAAUGCAGCAAGCCGUUAGAGAUGCAGAUGCACUCGUGGCGAUCAUCGAUGCCAGCAAGACGCCCAAGGAGGAUUUUUUCAUCUUGGAGCCCGGUGUGGCGAUGGGGCUGCCCGUGUGCGUAGUCCUGAACAAGAUGGACCAGGUGCCACCUCAGGAGGUGGCCCCGAUGGUUGACUGGUUCGAAGCCACCUCGAACGCGUCGAGCGUCCUGCCAGUGUCGGCGCUGACAGGUGAGAACCUCGCAGAGCUGCGCGCAUGGGUGCAUGGUGCCCUGCCGCCUGGCCCAGCCAUGUAUCCCGAGGGCGACGUGUCAACGGCUUCGGAGCGCUUCUUUGUGUCGGAAAUAAUUCGGGAGCGAAUCUACGAGCAGUACGAUCAAGAGAUCCCUUACAUGUGCACGGUGAACAUCGUGCAAUUCAAGGAGCGAUCUCGUGGCAAGGACUUGAUUGUUGCGGAUGUCAUCGUUGAGCAGGCGAGACACAAAGGAAUCCUCGUCGGUAGGAAGGGAUCUGCCAUCAAACGUUUGUCCGCAUCAGCGCGGCUGGACAUCGAGACGUUUCUAGGGCGCCCUGUGUACCUCGAACUGUCGGUCAAGGAGCAAAAAGGUUGGCGAGAUAACGACUCAUCCUUGGAGCGCAUGGGAUACUGA